AUGGAGUUUAAAGGACAAACUGCGCCUCUAUUUGAAUCUGCUAGUGACAGGAGUUUUAUGGAAUCACUAAAAGAGUUCAUAAAGGAUGAAAAAGAGCAGUUCUGCUCUUCUGAUGAAGGACCUGAUGAGCAGAGAUUUAUCAUUUACAGCACAGCUUUCGAUAAGAUAAUCGACUAUGCUACAGCUUACAAACCGAUUCUCACGGCCAUCAAGAAGGAAUAUGAUGACUUAAUUGCCUCAGUGAAAAAUGAUCAACAUCAGGCCCAGCUUGCUCAGAGAAAACUGAAGGCCAUGUUGGCUCAACCCACCUCCUUAAUGUACUAUCAGAGAAGAGCUGCUCAGCUACAGGAGAGGAUUGCAACCUUAGAGCGAAACACUGCUGACUUACAAACGGAGAUAAAAAGGUUUCAAGAGUGCAAAAAUAGACAAGAUUCCCAACAGCUGGAAACAUUCGAGGCCACAGUUCCCAUUGGUCAGAUACCAGAUCUUACUCUGAGCAAGUCGUUAAAUCCAGAAUCCCUGAAUAAACAUCUGGAGCAUUUGGAGCAGAAGCGAAAUGAACUUUUGAAUAAGAAAAAGAGCCAGUAUGUCCCAGUGCAGAUCAAAACCGACCUAGAUAUGAAAAUGAAAGCCAUAUUGAACCGAAGAGAUGAACUUAUUGUAGAGAACAACAAACUGCUGCUGCGGUCUAAGCAGUUGACUUAUUUGAAAGAUGCUCUCAGCCAUUGGGAAAAAUCAGGAAGCCACACCCCUUUACUCGAGCACCUGUCUUCGGAGUUGAAGCAUGUGUCAGAAAUUAAAGGUUCCAUAUCAGCCAUGUUUCAAGCAAGUAACAGACCAUAGACACAUUGCUCUGUAUUUGUCUUGUUCUGAUUGGUUUCUUUUGUUCUAGUAUGUGAAGAUGACUGCACUGGCUCCCACACUGAUGGUUCAGAAGAGGAUGACCCAGGCAAAAUCAAUGAAUCUAAACGUCUGGCAGCUUAUGUUGAGAGGUUUGUCGAGCUGUUUGAAGUGGGUGACUAUGAGAACGCUGCUUUUCAUGCUGCCAUGUCUCCUCAUGGAAUUCUGAGAAACAUUAACGUCAUGGAGAAAUUCAAAGCGAUCACAGUGUAUGAGGGAGCGGUUCCUCCUCUGCUGCUCUUCUUCCAGUUCUUGAUGACCUCUGCACCGCCUGGGGAACCACUGCCGGAAAAGUUGUCUAUGGAGGGGGUCCGCUUUGCUCUACAGCAUGGCUAUAUUGAGCUGGUGACGUUUGGUGUGUCUGAACACAGGCUGACGUACAGUGAGGAAUUAGGUGAUCUGAUCUGCGGCCAUGGACAUGAUGACCUACAUGGAGUGGACACUUGCUUGGCCCUGGCUCAGAUUGUUUACUCUGCCUGCCAUGUGCUCAGAAAAGCCGCACUUAGCAUGUGCAAACGAGGCCUCACUGGCACAGCUUUAGAGUUCAUUCACGACAACAAAGAAUUCACAAUCGAUGACUAUAUGUUUGUGUUGAGGGGAUUUCCCAGCGUGGCUCUGCUGCAGGAUUUCACUCAACUGUGUGACAGCACGCCGGCGCUGAUGUCCGUAGGGUUUAUCUGUCAUUAUCUUCUCAAUUCUGACCUGGAAGAUCUGGCCUUCCAACUGCUGGAACAGAUUCAUGCAGGAAGACAAGGUGAGUUCGAGAGAACCAUCCUGGAGGAUGAAAUGUGCAGCAUCGAAUGCUGGAGCCAAAUUGCUGCCCGUUGUGAGGAAACCAACCACCUUCACCUGGCACAGGACAUCACCUCCACACUGCUGCUCCAAGACGGCGUCAUGCGCCUCUCCCCAGGCCUUGACGACGCCAAGCUCAUGGAGCACGUCUUCAUGUAG